AGGUUACAACAAGAGAUGCCCUUACCGAUGACAUGGAUAUCACCAUGAUGAGCUCUCGACAAAACAAGAGGCCGGUGCAGCAGCAAGUGACGAACACUCAACACCAUGAAGAUGAAGAUGAAGAAGCAGAUGAAGAGAAGGUGACGAGCAGUAAAAACAAUGAAGAGAAGAAGAAAGAAAAGAAGGAGAAGAAAUCAGAUCAUCAAGAGAUUUAUGAGCUCAAGAAUGGAGACUUAUCUGUCAAAUUCACAAACUGGGGUGCUACUAUUAUGUCUCUUACCCUCCCUGAUAAACAUGGAAAGCUGGGCGACGUUGUUCUUGGGUAUGAUAAGGUGAAGAAUUACAAGAAAGACACUGUCUACUUUGGCUCCAUUGUUGGACGAGUUGCUAACAGAAUAGGAAAGUCUCAAUUUAAAGUGAACGGAAAACAAUACAAAACCAACGCUAAUGAAGGAGCUAACACACUUCAUGGUGGCAAAAAGGGUUUUAGUGAUGUUCUUUGGACAGUUCAAGCACAUCAAAAUGAAAGCCUUCCUCACAUUGUGUUUGCCUACAACAGUACCGAUAAUGAACAAGGAUUCCCUGGUGAUCUACAAGUAAUAGUGAACUAUACUCUUAUUGAGAAAAACCAGUUGAGCGUAGUUAUAAGGGCCAAAGCCUUGAAUAAGGCUACACCAGUGAACCUAGCACAACACUCUUAUUGGAACCUUGGCGGACACGAUAGUGGCAAUAUCUUGUCUGAAGAAGUGCAGAUCUUCGCAUCUAAGUACACUCCUGUUGACAGCAAGCUGAUUCCCACUGGAGAAAUUGUCACCGUGAAAGGAACUCCUUUUGAUUUCUUGAAACCACACACCAUUGGAAGCACCAUAAAUAAACUUCCAAAAGGGUAUGAUAUUAACUAUGCACUAGAUGGUCCCAACAAUGGUAUGAAGAAAGCAGCCAUAGUUAUAGACAAGAGAUCAGGAAGAAAGAUGGAGCUUCUGACAAACCAACCUGGUGUGCAAUUCUACACAGGUAACAUGUUGAAUAAUGUGAAAGGAAAAGGUGGAGUUGUGUACAAUGCACAUGCUGGUUUGUGCCUAGAAACUCAAGGCUAUCCAGACUCUGUUAAUCACCCCAAAUUUCCCUCACAGAUUGUUAACUCUGGGCAGACUUACGAGCACUUGAUGUUGUACAAGUUUUCUGUUGUCUCAUAA